AUGUGUUAUCGACUUAUUAUGACAUUCAUAAUAUUUUAUUAUUUAGUCUUAAUAUAUAUUAUUUUAUUUUAUUUAUUUAUAUUAUGA